AUGACGGAACGUGGCAUUGCCGUGUAUACGACAGACAAAUACACGAGACUGAAUUUUGACAAGUACGUUCGAGCAAACAGUGUGACCGAUAGCAUAGCCGGAAUGUUGACCAACCAUCAGCCAUCACUCAUGCAUUUCGGAGCUGCUCAAAUGUCGCCCAGUUCACGAAUGAUACGAAGCUACAAAAAGUGUCCUGGUUGUGUGGUUAAUAUGGUCGACGAAUGCAAUGCUGCCAUCAAUGAACGUGUGAAACAAACGAAAGAUGAAGCAAGAGAAGCUGAAACUGUUUUUCUCGAGAAAGAAGCGGAAGAGGGCAACGGAAAUCCAGCGGUUGGCAAUGAUGUCCCACAUCCAGAUCAACUAAACCCAGAUUUACUCCCAAAAGUGACAAUCUACCACAAAACAUGGCGAGUAAAUGGGCUUGGAAAUUUGGAAUACGUGAAAUUCAAUUCAGCCGGUGAGAUGGAAUUUGUCGAGCCACGAGUACACAAGACGAAAUGGCAUCGUGACAUAGCCGCUGCAAAAUGUAUCCUGAUCAAAGGACACUGUGACUUGUUUGGGUACAUGUUAUCCGAAACAUUGUAGUGGCCAUCCAACCAGCGAGCUGUUGUCAACAACUAACCAGCAUCAUGCAUCGUCGUUCACGCCAUUCACAUUGAAUA